AGAUGUCUCGCUUCCUGUUCCGUCUCUGAUAUCUAUGAUCCGUAUCCGAUUUCGGAUUUCCUGGUAUGAUUAGGGCUUGGGAACGAACCAAAUUAAUUCAAUUUAGCUAGUCUUUUCUGAAACGUAACUGUUUCGUAUGAUUUUGACAUUUAGAGUAAGGUGUAACUCAAGUAUUUCGACUCAGUAAACGUACAAAGAGAGGCAGAAACAAACAAAGGCAAAGCGCUGUUUUUAUUUGUGAAGGGAAGCGGCUAGGUUAGCCAGCUAGCUUUAGCCUUUAGCCUGCACUGUUGAAAUGUCUGUCUCUGCCGGUGUCUCCCCGUCAGCCCAGGGCACGGCCCUGGUCAGUCCAGGCACGGGGAUGUCCAUGUUUCGGUGGCUUGAGGUUCUGGAGAAGGAGUUUGACAAGGCGUUUGUUGACGUUGAUUUACUACUGGGAGAAAUCGAUCCAGAUCAAGCUGACAUCACCUACGAGGGUCGUCAAAAGAUGACAAGUCUCAGCUCCUGUUUUGCUCAGCUUUGCCACAAAGCCCAGACGAUUUUUCAACUUAAUCACAAAGUCGAGGUGAGCACAAGCUCAGAAAUCUUGUAUCAAUGUUAAAAAGUAUGUGUAUGAUCAUCUGGUAUGAUGGUUAUGUAUGAAUUAUUAAAUAGCUGUCAGAAUGUCUCUUUCCAUGACAGUGCGUCUCUGCCCAUCCAGCUGACUGUCAAUUGAAAUAGCAAAUUGACAUAGCGUGACGGCCAUCACAAUACAUUAGCACAUUAGAGGCUGCUGCUGCCUAUUGAAAUCACUGGCCACUUUAAGAAAUGGAACACUAGUCACUUUAAUAAUGUUUACAUAUCUUGCACUACUCAUCUCAUAUGUAUAUACUGUAUUCUAUUCUAUAAUAUUCUACUGUAUCUUAGUCCAUGCCGCUCUGUCAUUGCUUGUCCAUAUAUGUAUAUAUUCUUAAAUUCCAUUCCUUACUAGAUUUGUGUGUAUUGGGUGGAUGUUGUGAAAUUGUUAGAUAUUACUUGUUAGAUAUUACUGCACUGUCGGAGCUAGAAGCACAAGCAUUUCGCUACACCCGCAAUAACAUAUGCUAAACACAUGUAUGUGACAAAUACGGGCGGCAGGUAGCUUAGUGGUUAAGAGCCUUGUGCCAGUAACCGAAAGGUCGCUGGUUCUAAUCCCCGAGCCAACUAGGUGAACAUCUGUCGAUGUGCCCUUGAGCAAGGCACUUAACCCUAAUUGCUCCUGUAAGUCGCUCUGGAUAAGAGCGUCUGCUAAAUGACAAAAAAAAAUAAAAAAAUAAUACAAUUUGAUUUGAUUUGAGUGCCACUCCACGUUGUCAAAUCUAUUGAUGAGAGAAACAGAAUUAAGGAUCAUCCUAACCCUUACUCCACGUAUGACCUCACCAUGCUCACAUUAAUGAAUGUUUGAUCAGGAGUGUAGUUGACUCUGUCAACAAGACUUUCCCAGCAAUUCCAGACUACCGUAGAGCUCUUAUUACUGCUUGUAAAUCAAUACUGCAUUUCAGCCUUCAGCUAAAGCUCAAUAUAUUACUGAGGCCAGGAAAUCUGGCUAUACACAAACAGUUGGCCCCCAACAACACUAGAACGUCUAAUUCUUCUUCUGCGAUGAGGUUUAACAGCAGUUGGCAUCCAAUAAAUGUUGCAUUACCGCCACCUACUAGACUGGAGUAUAACUCCCUUUAUACUUUCCUUAAAAAAAAAAACAAGACAACAAAUACCCUACCAUCUAACACUACACUCACAAUUAAAAAAUAAAUUAUAAUAAUAACUACCAUACACCACCACUUAACACACCCUGUAACUCUUCUAUUGUCAAGUCUCGAACACCCAAAUACCUAUCUGCAGCUGCCACCACAACCUCUAUUUUCUGCGACUUACAUUCCAUCCCUGCAGUACAGUUGAUAACCAUUGCUAUAAAUGUCAAAAAUUCAAUCUUACUGAAACAUAUAUCACUUGUUGGUUUAUCCCUCGGUACAUAUCUACUACUAACACCAUUCCUCUCAGGAUCCCUCCCCCUUGACCCAUCUUCCUCUACUUUCUUCACUGCCUCAGCAUAUGACAACUUCUGCACUACUCUAACCCUGGAAACCUCAACCUGCCUCUUGCGCACCGGACAUUUCGGAUCCCCAGACCCAUGUGCACCCCUACAAUUUACACAUACCACUACUUUCCCCAAUGCUACACAUGACUUUGUCUCAUACCCUUCUGCACACUUCUCACACCUAGGAACCUCCCUCCUACACACUGCUGCCACAUGCCCAUAAGCUUGACACCUGUAACAACGUAAUGUAUUCGGCACAAAAGCUUGUACCGGAUAACUUUAUAUAUCCUAACAUCAAAAGAUAGCCCUAUUUGGUAAAAGACCAAGUCCAUAUUAUGGCAAGAACAGCUCAAAUAAAGUAAAGAGAAACAACAGUCCAUCAUUACUUUAAGACAUGAAGGUCAGUCAAUACGGAACAUUUUAAGAACUUUGAAAGUUUCUUUAAGUGCAGUCGCAAAAACCAUCAAGCGCUAUGAUGAAACUGGCUCUCAUGAGGACUGCCACAGGAAUGGAAGACCCAGAGUUACCUCUGCUGCAGAGGAUAAGUUCAUUAGAGUUACCAGCCUCAGAAAUUGCAGCCCAAAUAAAUGCUUCACAGAGUUCAAGUAACAGACACAUCUCAACAUCAACUGUUCAGAGGAGACUGUGUGAAUCAGGCCUUCAUGGUUGAAUUGUUGCAAAGAAGCCACUACUAAAGGACACCAAUAAGAAGAAGAGACUUGCUUGGGCCAAGAAACACGAGCAAUGGACAUUAGACCGGUGGAAAUUUGUCCUUUGGUCUGGAGUCCAAAUGAGAGAUUUUUGGUUCAAACCGCCAUGUCUUUGUGAGACGCGGUGUGGGUGAACGGAUGAUCUCAGCAUGUGUAUUUCCCACCGUAAAGCAGGGAGGAGGAGGUGUUAUGGUGUGGGGGUGCUUUGCUGGUGACACUGUCUGUGAUUUAUUUAGAAUUGAAGGCACACUUAACCAGCAUAGCUACCACAGCAUUCUGCAGUGAUACGCCAUCCCAUCUGGUUUGCACUUAGUCGGACUAUCAUUUGUUUUUCAACAGGACAAUGACCCAACACACCUCCAGGCUGUGUGAGGGCUAUUUUACCAAGAAGGAGAGUGAUGGAGUGCUGCAUCAGAUGACCUGGCCUCCACAAUCACCCGACCUCAACCCAAUUGAGAUGGUUUGGGAAGAGUCGGACCGCAGAGUGAAGGGAAAAGCAGCCAACAAGUGCACAGGAUAUGUGGGAACUCCUUCAAGACUGUUGGAAAAGCAUUCCAUGUGAAGCUGGUUGAGAGAAUGCCAAGAGUGUGCAAAGCUGUCAUCAAGGCAAAGGGUGACUAUUUGAAGAAUCUCAAAUAUAAAAUAUAUUUUGAUUUGUUUAACACUUUUUUUGGUUACUACAUGAUUCCAUAUGUGUUAUUUCAUAGUUUUGAUGUCUUCACCAUUAUUCUACAAUGUAGAAAAUAGUAAAAAUAAAGAAAAACCCUGGAAUGAGUAGGUGUGUCCAAACUUUUGACUGGUACUGUACAUCUAGUUCUUGCCUUGUCUAGGGACUCCUGUAGCGCUCAACAGUGCAUCUAUACUCCGCCAUUUUCAGACCAUGCUCCACUAGAAUGUCAUUGCCUAUUAGGCUAUUUGACGUGGCUAAAGUAAACAAAAUCUGUGAAAAUCAGCUAUUAUGGGAUUUGUGAAAUGCCUCAGUUUUCUGUCCACUGGCAGUGUUUGUGACCAUUAUGGAUAUGAAUGUUAUUCUCGUCAUGUUUCACAAGUUUGGACAUCACAGUACAGCACAGCAGAGUAGAGUUCAGUACAGUAGAGUCCAAUAUACAGUACUUUACUCCAGGGUUUCCCAAACUCGGUCCUGCUCGGUCCUGGUGCACAUUUUGUAUUUUGCCCUAGCAAUACAUAGGUGAUUAAAAUAAUCAAAUCUUGAUGAUGAGUUGGUUAUUUGAAUCAGCUGUGUAGUGCUAGGGCAAAAAACAAAAUGUGUACCCAGGGCGGCCCCCAGGACCGAGUUUGGGGAAACCCUGCUUUACUGUCCUAUACUUUUCUGAACUGUAUUGUACUGUGCUCUGUACUGUGCUAUCCCAACUUGUUUAACAUACGUCUAUGAUAGGUUCAGAUUUGGUCCAGUCCGGUCCGUCUGUGGACGUUAACAUGAGUGAGUGAGUGAGUGAGUGUGUGAAUCACUUGAAAAGCAGAACUGUGGAAGACGUCUGCAGCCCUAAGUCUGCCGGGAAAGCCAAGCUUAGGGGAAUUUGUUUCUGACUCAUUAUUUUGACUCAACUGUGUGUCUUGAUUUGUUAUGGUAACAUAGGCCUGCCCUAAUAGAUUGUUAUUGAUUACCAAACAUAAAAAAAGUGAUUUCUCAGCUAUUAAGACUUCCUUAGCCUCGUCUCCAGACUUAUUCAGGUAUAGUUUAUUACAUUUUUUUUUUUUACAUUUACGUCAUUUAGCAGACGCUCUUAUCCAGAGCGACUUACAAAUUGGUGCAUUCACCUUAUAGCCAGUGGGAUAACCACUUUACAAUAUGUUUUUUUUUCUUUCUUUGGGGUGGGGUAAGGGGGGGUAGAAGGAUUACUUUAUCCUAUCCCAGGUAUUCCUUAAAGAGGUGGGGUUUCAAGUGUCUCCGGAAGGUGGUGAGUGACUCCGCUGUCCUGGCGUCGUGAGGGAGCUUGUUCCACCAUUGGGGUGCCAGAGCAGCGAACAGUUUUGACUGGGCUGAGCGGGAACUGUGCUUCCGCAGAGGUAGGGGGGCCACUAGGCCAGAAGUGGAUGAACGCAAUGCCCUUGUUUGGGUGUAGGGACUGAUCAGAGCCUGAAGGUACGGAGGUGCCGUUCCCCUCACAGCUCCAUAGGCAAGCACCAUGGUCUUGUAGCAGAUGCGAGCUUCAACUGGAAGCCAGUGGAGUGUGCGGAGGAGCAGGGUGACGUGAGAGAACUUGGGAAGGUUGAACACCAGACGGGCUGCGGCAUUCUGGAUGAGUUGUAGGGGUUUAAUGGCACAGGCAGGGAGCCCAGCCAACAGCGAGUUGCAGUAAUCCAGACGGGAGAUGACCAGUGCCUGGAUUAGGACCUGUGCCGCUUCCUGUGUAAGGCAGGGUCGUACUCUCCGAAUGUUAUAGAGCAUGAACCUACAGGAUCGGGUCACCGCCUUGAUGUUAGCAGAGAACGACAGGGUGUUGUCCAUGGUCACGCCAAGGCUCUUUGCACUCUGGGAGGAGGACACAACAGAGUUGUCAACCGUGAUGGCGAGAUCAUGGAACGGGCAGUCCUUCCCCGGGAGGAAGAGCAGCUCCGUCUUGCCGAGGUUCAGCUUGAGGUGGUGAUCCGUCAUCCACACUGAUAUGUGUGCCAGACAUGCAGAGAUGCGAUUCGCCACCUGGUUAUCAGAAGGGGGAAAGGAGAAGAUUAGUUGUGUGUCGUCUGCGUAGCAAUGAUAGGAGAGGCCAUGUGAGGAUAUGACAGAGCCAAGUGACUUGGUGUAUAGCGAGAAUAGGAGAGGGCCUAGAACUGAGCCCUGGGGGACACUAGUGGUGAGAGCACGUGGUGCGGAGACAGAUUCUCGCCACGCCACUUGGUAGGAGCGACCGGUCAGGUAGGACGCAAUCGAAGAGUGAGCCACGCCGGAGAUGCCCAACUCGGAGAGGGUGGAGAGGAGGAUCUGAUGGUUCACAGUAUCAAAGGCAGCAGACAGGUCUAGAAGGACAAGAGCAGAGGAGAGAGAGUUAGCUUUAGCAGUGCGGAGAGCCUCCGUAACACAGAGAAGAGCAGUCUCAGUUGAAUGACCAGUCUUGAAACCUGACUGGUUUGGAUCAAGAAGGUCAUUCUGAGAGAGAUAGCAAGAGAGUUGGCUAAAGACGGCACGCUCAAGAGUUUUGGAGAGAAAAGAAAGAAGGGAUAUUGGUCUGUAGUUGUUGACAUCGGAGGGAUCGAGUGUAGGUUUUUUGAGAAGGGGUGCAACUCUCGCUCUCUUGAAGACGGAAGGGACAUAGCCAGCGGUCAAGGAUGAGUUGAUGAGCGAGGUGAGGUAAGGGAGAAGGUCACCGGAGAUGGUCUGGAGAAGAGAGAAGGGGAUAGGGUCAAGCGGGCAGGUUGUUGGGCGGCCGGCCGUCACAAGUUGCAAUAUUUCAUCUGGAGAGAGAGGGGAGAAAGAAGUCAAAGCAUAGGGUAGGGCAGUGUGAGCAGGACCAGCAGUGUCAUUUGACUUAACAAACGAGGAUCGGAUGUCGUCAAACGUAUUUUCAAAAUGGUUGAUGAAGUCAUCCACGGGGGGGGAGGGGGAGGAGGAUUCAGCAGGGAGGAGAAGGUGGCAAAGAGCUUCCUAGGGUUAGAGGCAGAUGCUUGGAAUUUAGAGUGGUAGAAAGUGGCUUUAGCAGCAGAAACAGAGGAAGAAAAUGUAGAGAGGAGGGAGUGAAAAGAUGCCAGGUCCGCAGGGAGUCUAGUUUUCCUCCAUUUCCGCUCGGCUGCCCGGAGCCCUGUUCUGUGAGCUCGCAAUGAGUCGUCAUGCCACGGAGCAGGAGGGGAGGACCGAGCCGGCCGGGAGGAUAGGGGACAUAGAGAGUCAAAGGAUGCAGAAAGGGAGGAGAGGAGGGUUGAGGAGGCAGAAUCAGGAGAUUGGAGGGAGAAGGAUUGAGCAGAGGGAAUAGAUGAUAGGAUGGAAGAGGAGAGAGUAGCGGGAGAGAGAGAGCGAAGGUUGCGACGGCACAUUACCAUCUGAGUAGGGGCAGAGUGAGUAGUGUUGGAGGAGAGCGAGAGAGAAAAGGAUACAAGGUAGUGGUCGGAGACAUGGAGGGGAGUUGCAGUGAGAUUAGUAGAAGAACAGCAUCUAGUAAAGAUGAGGUCAAGCCUUGUGAGUAGGGGGGGACGGUGAGAGGGUGAGGUCAAAAGAGGAGAGGAGUGGAAAGAAGGAGACGGAGAGAAAUGAGUCAAAGGUAGACGUAGGGAGGUUAAAGUUUAUCAGGAAGAGGUCAGCCGGACGCCUGUCUUGUCCUCCCUCCAUGCUUAGAGAGCACAGUGUUUAGGAGCAAGGAUAUAGAGAUAACAGUCUGACUCCAGCCACGAGACACACACAUUCCACACUUGCCCAACACUCAAGAAUCAGGAAAUCCUGUCCCUUUUGCGUUUGUCUGCUUGCAUGCAUGCAUGUGUCUGUCUGUGUGUUUGUAUGUCCGGGUCUGUAUGUGUCUUUGUAUUUGGUCGGUUGGUUUGGCGUGCGUAUGUCUCUUUGUAUUUGGUCGGUUAGUUUGGCGUGUGAUGCCAGCAGCUGCACUGUGUAGGCUAAUGUUUCUCCUGAUGUAGCAUACUGCCACCUGUGUGUCCAGACAUGUGGGCUGUCUCAGUCUGAAUAGAGGACAAAGUGGUCAGCAAACAGACACACACACUCUUUAUGUCCUGAAGUAUUUUGUUAACUUUUUCCCCCUACUACCCUACAUUUGAGGAGUAAAUACAGGCUAAACUGUCUUAAAUGGUGGGUCGUACUAUAGAAUAUUCUAAGCCUGUUUGAUUUAGACUGGGUCUCUAUUAUAAUGAAGGCCUGCCUGAUUACUAGGCAUUAUCUCUGUCUGAGGAUGAUGAUUGAUAAGUUAUUUAAGAGGCAGAGGUUGUUUAUUAUUCAGUUAGAUUCACAUGAUAUAAUCACACUCCUCUUUCAUCAUCAUAGGUGGAGUGAAUCCUAACCUCAUUCAUAUCAUACUGUAGAUCAAUUCAUUCCUUCAGCUGUGACAUGCAGGUGGCCCCAGUUCAAUGGCAUAAAUAAGUCGAUUAAUUGUUCUCUGCACUCAACUCUGCUUCCCAUGUUGCCAAGCUCAGUAAGCUCCAGAGACGAGCACAAAUUGUAUUUUUGUUGUUGCGUACAAUAGACAACCUUCAAUUGAUUUUGGCACAAUUCAUACAGGCUUGAAUAACAAAGAGCCUGCUUUCUAAGAAAAAUACGUAUUGAAAAAUCAGAUAGAGAACAGAGUGGAAAUGUAAAACAGAACAAUCAAAAAUGUAAUUUGAUCUGUGCUGGGAUGAUGACUUGGGCCUGGUCCACUUGACUUGACCACAUACAUGAUGAUGAGGAUUCCUAAGAAUCUAGGAAGUCUGAAGAAGCGUACACUUAUGUAACUCUGUCUGUCUGACUUCUCUCUCUCUCUCCCACUCUCCUCCAGGCUCAGCUGGUGGGCCUGCGUUCGGAGCUGACUGACGUGCAGGCGGAGAAGGAGGUGGUGGAGAGGGAGGUCCACGACCAGCUCCUCCAGCUCCACGCCAUGCAGCUGCAGCUUCAUACCAAGGCGGGACAGACUGUGGACUCAGACUCCAUCAAAGACAGGAUGGUAGGACACACACACACACACACACACACACACACUACUCUCGCUCUAGUUUCUGCUUUGUGCGUCAUACUGUGGUUUCGAGGUUUCUAUUGUCGCUCUUCCUCCGAGAAUAAAGCUACCUCUAUGCGUCUGGGACAUUCUUGGGAAGGAAUACAAAUACCUUUUCACCGUUUUUUGAUGCGUUCCUGUAGCUGAAUCUUAGACUGCUAAAGUAUUUUAUGGUAUACCUGCUGAGGUUCCAGUUGGCCUGUAAAGUGGUAAAUGGUCGCAUUCUUCCCCACUGCUUGGCUGUGAUCUUAACUCUGCCUUUCUAACCUUUGACCCCUUCUCUGUUCUUCUCACCUUAAGCCUGUUCCCUCACUGGAGGAGAUGGUAAGUGUGUGCAUGUCCUCUGUGUCAGUUACUUUGGUUGGGGAUAGCUGUGUGUCUGUGGACUCAUCCCACCCUCAAGUUCUGUCUUUUCCUGAUCUUGCUAACAACAGUUCCUCAUCAAUACGUCCAACAGGCCGUCUAUGGGGCUCAUGCUAGCAAUGACUGACAGUGACAACAGAUCUGGAAUUAUUGUAGCUUUGUUGCAUUGUCUGUUAUUGCCUAUUCAUGUAUGUCCCUGUUGCCCCGUAUGAUUGGAACGUGCAUGUUUUGAUACUUGGAAAGUGUUUUGUUUUAAUAGUCAAAAAAAGCCCAAAGGGAAAUUAUGAUGAUUUCCAGGAUCUCUGUGAGGCUAAUGUGUGUAUGUAUAUGUAUAUAUAUAGAUCUAGAUAUAGGUAGAUAUAUUAGAGUAAUUGAUAUGUGAUAUGUUUGUGACUCGCUUCAAAAUGACCCAAAAUAGGUAAUUCCAGGGGAUCAUUCAGAAUAAUGAAUAACUGAAUAAACUCACUUACCUUUUAUCUAAAUAAGCUUACAUUUGCUCAGAUAUGUGCUGAUGGAAACAUGACCACCAACGUAAAUGAGUUAUUCAUUAUUCUGAAUGGUACCCUGGAAUAUUUUGGGUAAUUUUGAAGCGAGUCCCAAUCAAUCAUAUUUUGAUAGAACCAACUGGCUGUACUUAAGUUCAAAUCUUUACCCCUUUUGUGAACCUGUAACUUAAUCGUACACUCAGAGUAACCCAGUUUGCAUGUUGUUCCUUCUUAAUCAGCAGAAGUGUCAAUGCUUUGAACUUAUGACAGCCAAACCCACAGUCACCUAUCUUGUGUGUGUUUUGUCCUCAAGUAGAUAUUUAAUUUGUGCUUCAUCGAUACUGUAUAUUGUAUCCAUGUUUGUCUGUGACAUGGUCUUUGUGGCUGUAGCCCAGCCUGUGAGGAUGCAUCAGUGGACUGCUCUUUUCCUGCUCCCUGCCCUGCGGCCAGCUGCAGUGCCUGUCAACUACGCUUCCUCUAAUGUUGAUCAGAGGAGACUGCUCCAGCCUCUAGUCAUGGCCCAUUCUCUCUGACUCAUCAGUGGAGCAGGGAUCUCUCUCUGUCUCUGUACAGCAAAGUGCCAAAGCUGACAGGAGUAAAGCACUUGCGCGCUCUCUCUCUGUAGAGUUUAACUCAACCAUUUAUCUUUGCGUUUGUGUGUGUGUGUGUGUGUGUGUGUGUGUGUGUGUGCCCGUCCACCUGUGUGUGUGUGUGUGUGUGUGUGUGUGUAUGUGACAGGAGAGGGAGCUGCAGGCCAACAAGAAGGAGAAGGUGAAGGAAGUGAAGUUGGAGGCAGAGGUCAAGCUGCAUAAGAAGGAGAAUGAGGCCCUCCGCAAGCACAUCGCUGUACUGCAGGCUGAGGUCUACGGGGCCAGACUGGCAGCCAAGUAUCUGGACAAAGAGCUGGCUGGAAGGUAAACCUAACCUUAGCUCUAACCAUAACUCUAGCUCUAAACCUAACCCUAACUCUAGCUCCAACCCUAACUCUAGCUCCAACUCUAGCUCUAACUCUAGCUCUAAAACCUUAGCUCUAACCCUAACUCUAGGUCCAACCCUAACUCUAACCCUAACUCUAGGUCCAACCCUAACUCUAGGUCCAACCCUAACUCUAGGUCCAACCCUAACUCUAGCUCCAACCCUAACCCUAGCUCUAACCCUAACUCUAGGUCCAACCCUAACUCUAACCCUAGCUCUAACCCUAGCUCUAACCCUAACUCUAGCUCCAACCCUAACUCUAGCUCCAACCCUAACUCUAACCCUGACUCUAGCUCCAGCUCUAACCCUAACUCUAGCUCCAACCCUAACUCUAACCCUAGCUCUAACCCUAACUCUAGCUCCAACCCUAACUCUAACCCUGACUCUAGCUCCAGCUCUAACCCUAGCUCUAACCCUAACUCUAGCUCCAACCCUAACUCUAACCCUAGCUCUAACCCUAACUCUAGCUCCAACCCUAACUCUACCUCCAACCCUAACUCUACCUCCAACCCUAACACUAGCUCCAACCCUAGCUCUAAACCUAACUCUAGCUCCAACCCUAAUCCUAGCCCUAACCCUAGCUUUAACUCUAGCUCCAACCCUAACUCUAGCUCCAACCCUAACCCUAGUUCCAACCUUAAGCCUAGCCCCAACCCUAAUCCUAAUCUUGACAUAACCCAAAUGGGGCUCUUCCCCACCGAAUUCCCAAUUCAACCUCUGAUCAGUGUCAUAUCCAUUAGGCCACAAACAGAAGCAAGCAGAUUGAAAUAGGGAGGGACUACCUGAAACCAAUAAUGCUGACAUUGGUAACUGGUUGUCUUUGGGUCCAUCGUCUCCAGAGUACAGCAGAUCCAGUUACUGGGUCGGGACAUGAAGGGGCCCGCUCAUGACAAACUAUGGAACCAGCUGGAGGCUGAGAUCCACCUCCACCGCCACAAGACAGUCAUCCGAGCCUGCAGGGGGCGCAACGACCCCAAGAAACCCCUACCGUCUCCAGUGGGGCAUGUGAGUGGACAUCAGAGUCACUAGGGGAUUGAUCUUAAUUGUAGUUAAGGUAUUUUUACAGUUUGCUUAUCACUAUUUAUUUGCCUGUUUGAUCUCUCUCUCAGGAAACAAAUCUACUGAAGAAGACCCAAGGAGUUGGUCCUAUUCGUAAAGUAGUGCUGGCCAAAGAAGAUCACGAGGGACUUGGAAUUUCAAUCACGGUAACCUCCACCACCAAUUUAGCCCAAACCAGAAAGUGUUAAAUGCUAUGUCUCAACCCAUAGUGUGUUGCUCAUCAGUCAUGUUCCAUACCUUAAUAUGUGUGUGUAUGUCUGUGUUAUUUCUGGAUGGACAGGGUGGUAAGGAACACGGGGUGCCCAUCCUGAUCUCAGAGAUCCAUCCUACCCAGCCUGCGGAGCGCUGUGGGGGGCUCCAUGUGGGUGAUGCCAUCCUGGCUGUCAACAGCAUCAACCUGAGGGACGCCAAACACAAGGAAGCCGUCACCAUCCUCUCACAACAGGUCAGACUCGGCUCCGGGGAGAGAGAAGGGCUGAGUGCUCGCAUCUUGAAUUCAGGCAAACUUAGCCUGGUGGUCCAGAUUUGGUUGCUUUGUUAUGUUUGUUGUCAUGCUAAACAUGUAUGACAUCAUGACUGCAUUAAAGAGUUGGUACAUGUACACUAUGGCACCAGGUUAAGUAAAACCAUAGUAAAAAGCUAAACAUUCCUUUUGUGAUUUCAAAAGCCUUUCUUGAGUUGGUGAUACCUUUUGUGCGAGCCUGUGUGACCAGUUAGUGUUUAGGUUGGGGGGUAAAGCUUUUACUGAGUGUCAGUCAUCUCUCCUCUCCUUAAAACAGCAGUGGGGAUCUCAGUCAGCCCACAAUUCCUAGAACACUAGAGUAAUUUAGUGGAGGUUCAUGCUGGGGUUAGUCAAUUUAGCCUGCGGGGCUGCUUCUGUGCAUUGGGGGAAAACGGUUAAUCAUGCCUCAGCAAACCAACAAAUUAACUAAGUAAGCUCUUGCUAAAUUUUCUCUCACCCUCUGUGGUGUGUGUGUGUCUGUCUGUGUCCUCCUGUCCUCCAGAGGGGAGAGAUAGAGUUUGAGGUGGUGUACGUGGCCCCGGAGGUGGACUCUGACGAUGAGAACGUGGAGUAUGAGGAUGACAGCGGCCAUCGCUACCGCCUCUACUUGGAUGAGCUGGAGGAGGGGUCAGCCGCCAGCAGGAACAACGGCACAGCAGACUCAGCAUCGCUACAAGGUAAGUUAUCUCUACUGUACCUCAUUCCUGGGCUGUCAUUAUUCAUAGAAAACGAACACGUUGUUUUCAGUAGUAGGGCUUCAUUUUAAAUAGUGUUGUCUUACUUCACAUUCACUUGCAUUAUACAAAUGGGAGUCUUUGUGUUAAUGUGAAAAUGGACUGUAAAGACUGCCAAAAUGCCAUAUGAGCAUAUGUGAAUGAACAGAAAAUGUGGCGUUUCAUCCAGCUGAAAUGCCCACAGAAUGUGAUGAUUGAUGCUGCAGUAAGGAGAGAGUGUAUUCAUGUCCAUCUAUCUGUGCCUACUGCUGCAGCUCUGGAGAAGAUGUCAGUGAGUGACAGCCUGGAGAACGGAGACACAGGGAUCUCCAGUGAGACGCCAUCAGAGGAGACCCUGUCUAAGGCUGCUGAGUCCGGAGAGAGCUCCUCAUAG